AUGACGUCGGAGCGCGAGCGCUUGCGCCAGCUGCUAGCAGCCGAAGAACUCGGCGAUCGCAGACCCAGUCAGCUGCUCCGACGUAUGCACAGCCUCCUCGGCUCUCGGCUUCCAGCCUUCGACCGAUCCCUCCUGAAAGAACUUUUCCUGAGCCGGCUCCCUCAGCAGACACAAAUGGUACUCGCGGCACUUCCCGACUCUUCCGCGGAGGCACUCGCUGAAGUUGCCGACCGGGUAAUUGAGGUUUCACGAGGCACAAUUGCCCACGUUCCCACCUCAUCUCCUGCUUUUGAGGUUGUGCCGCCCUCCACUUCUGGCCACGUUCCCCAAGCGACCGAGCGACCCUCCUACCCUGUGCCUCCUUCGCCUGCAGAUCCAGUUGCCCUUCUUCGUUCGGAAGUUCAGGAACUCCGACAGCUUAUUGACGAUCGUCUGGCAUGCAGCGUUUCGCAGCCGUCUUCCUUUCCACAACCUGCAGGACGUCAACCUCGACCCCGCUUCCGAAGCCCUCGACCGCGCAGUCCCCGCCCGUCCUCCCCUCGCACGCGUCGCCUUUCAUCACCACCUGCGAGCUGCCCAUAUUGUUUCUACCAUUACAAUUUCGGUGCCUCGGCGCGCAAGUGCACCGCCCCUUGCCAAUGGCCGGGAAACGACAUGGGGCGUCGCUAG